GCGGCAGGUGGCUCGCAGCACGUGAUGGCAGAGACCCCCAGCCCCAUGGCCAGGCCUGGGGAGCCUGGUGCUGGGGAGGCCCAGGAGGAGGAGGAAGUGGAAGAGCCGGAUGCUGUGAGGUCAAGGGCAGAGAUGCUAGAGCAGGCCCGGGAGUUGUUUCUGCUUUGUGACAAGGACGCCAAGGGCUUCAUCACUCGGCAUGACCUGCAGGGUCUGCAGAGCGACCUGCCCCUCACGCCGGAACAGCUAGAGGCCGUUUUCGAAAGCCUGGAUCAGGCCCGCACAGGCUUCCUCACCGCCCGGGAGUUCUGCCUCGGCCUGGGGAAGUUUGUGGGGGUGGAGUCAGCCCAGGGCUCACUGCCCUUCCAGGCUCUAGAGGAGACCUUUGAGUCGGGCUGGUCAGAUGUGCAAGGCACUGAGGGCUCCCUGGAAGAAGAGGAGGAGGAGAGAUUCUGCCAAGCGCUGGAGCAGCUGGGGGUGGCCCCAGUUCUGGGAGAGCAGCGAGCGGUGCAGACGCUCUGGACCCGUUUGCAGCGCGAGCGACCCGAGCUGCUGGGCUUCUUCGAGGACGUUCUGAUGCGCGCGUCCGCCUGCCUGGAGGAGGCGGCCCGAGAGCGGGACAGCCUGGAGCAGGCGCUGCGGCGGCGGGAGAGCGAGCACGAGAGGGAGGUGCGGGGUCUGUACGACGAGAUGGAGCAGCAGCUACGCGAGCAGCGCCGGCGCCUGCGGAAUCAGGAGCUCCCCCGCGAGGAGCGCAGAGGCCUCCUGGAGCUGGAGCUGCAGAACCGCGAGCAGGAGCUGGAGCGUGCGGGCCUGCGACAGCGGGAGCUGGAGCAGCAGCUGCAGGCCCGGGCCCGCGAGCAGCUGGAGGCACAGGCGCAGAACGCCCAGCUGUGGCUGGCCAACGCGGCGCUGAGAAGUCAGCUGGACGGCGCGCAGGAGCAGCUCCGCAGACUGCAGGGCGAGGCGCAGGGCCGCCGGGAGCAAACCCUACGAGAGGUGGUCGCAGUCUCGAGGAACAUGCAAACAGAGAAGCUCAGUCUCCGGCGACAACUGGAGCUCCUCAGGGAGCUGAACACCCGGCUGCGGGACCAGAGGGACGCCUGUGAGGCCAAGCGGCUGAGCAAUGGUCGAAGGAAAGCUCUCGCCAUGGCCCGCUUGCCAGGGUCCACCUGCUGCUGCUGCUGCUGCUGCUGGGCUCACCCUCCGACACGUGGCUCUGGGCCCCUUCCCAGUGCCCACUGACCAUCCCCGAGAGACUUGGAGAAGCCGCCCCUUGAAGGUGGUGCGUUGUGGCUAGGUGCUGCCCAUGCAGCAGACCGAAGGAACGGAACUCACGUAGGAGUGCUGAGUCUCAGGUGCCUUCCUGCUGGUCCUCAUCCUGUCCCCAUCCCAUCAAACCCAUCUAUGACCAGCAGAAGAACUCCCUCCUCCUAAUAAAGUCCAUUGACUGCCCUGUGA